ACUAUACUUGUGCCACCGGUUGUGUGAUCGCCGCAAGAAAAGCAUAAUAACAGGUGGCUCCGCGUCGCGGCAGGUGGAUCAGUAUCUUUUUUUUUUGUCUUUCGACGACGGUGUAUGUUCCCCCAUUGUUUUCGAGCGAUGCGCACAGUGCACGAUAUCUGACAGGGCGUAUUGAAGGCAUCGUAUUCGACACUUGAUCCGUAUUCUUGCCAGCCACAAGUGACAGUAGGAGAACAGAAAAAUGACCUGUCGAAGAAAAUGUGUGCCGUAAUCAAUGCAAUCGUUUUGUCGCUUUUCUUCGUUAGAUAGAGGUUAUAUAUAAAAUUAUUUCGGAAGUAUACGCAUGAAAGCUUAUAGAUGUGAUAAAGCAAACAAGAAAAUAAUGCCGCCGUCGUCGCAUACGAAUUGGACUAAACCCCUUUUGAAGAAUGGACAAACAAUGCAGAUGCAAGCGAAACGAACAAUGUGUUCUCAGCAGAAUCAGAAUUCGAAUGGUGGUGGGAUGGAACACAACGGUGGUCCACUCGACAGAAGAAUCAAAGUUGUUCUAGUAGGUGAUGGUGCCGUUGGAAAAACCAGUCUUGUAGUUUCUUAUUCCACAAACGGUUUCCCAGGAGAAUACGUGCCUACUGCUUUUGAUAAUUAUAAUGUGGUAGUUAAUGUCGAUGGUCAACCAGUAAAUGUUCAACUAUGUGAUACAGCGGGUCAAGAUGACUUCGAUCCUUUAAGAUCAUUGUGUUAUCCAGAAACAGAUGUGUUCUUAGUCUGCUUCAGUGUUGUGUGUCCUUCUUCUUAUCAUAGUGUAACUUCUCGCUGGAUAAAUGAAGUCCGAAAAUAUUGUCCAAAUGCACCAAUUAUUUUGGUAGGAACCAAAAGUGACUUAAGGUCAGAUGUACACCUUACAUUACAAUUAGCAAGAUAUGGUCAGACACCAAUUACAACAACUCAAGGACAUCAAUUAGCUCAAAGGGUAGGAGCUGUAAGUUAUGUGGAAACAUCUGCAUUAACCCAACAUGAUCUUAAAGAAGCAUUUGAUCAAGCAAUAGUUAGUGCUCUUAAUACAAGAAGGGGUGGUGCUAGUUUAUUAUAUAGGCGUAGGAAACCUUUAUCAUUAUGGCGUAGAUGGUUGUGUUGUUGGGAAAGACCUUCAAGUGGUGCAUAAAUAUUAAUUAUUAAACUCUCUAAAAUAUCCUCUGUGAUCAAGUGCAACUACUAUGUUAUCAGAAUUUGUCAAUACUUAUAAAUAUUUUUUAAUUAAAAAAUUUGAUCUCUUUAAUAGAAAACAACAUAAUUUUGCUAAAAUGUAUAUAAUGGUUAGACAUGUCUUGUAAUUGUAUAUAAAUUGUAUUUGUACAUUUUAAUUAUUUUGGUAAGUAAUCUUAUCAUGCCUUGUACAAGAUAGAUGACUUUCUAAUUUUUUUCUACUAAUACAAAAGAUUUUAAAUUCUGAUAACUAGGUCGUAUGCCGUUCGUAAAAUUCCUGAAGCCAGAUAUGGCAUAAUUUAUUAUAACAUUAAUUAUAUUUUUGUUACUAGUGUGUAAUUGGCUACUUGCCGGUUGUGAUUUUUUCUUUAUCUAUAGGAUCAUCAAUUCUAGAAUUUAAAAAUAUCAUUGCCGCGCGAUGGUUAUUAUCACAUCGUAAAUCAUAUUUAAUCCUAUGCACUUCUUCAUGCUGCAUUAUGAGAUAAAAAUUCUAAUUCACUUUUCAAGUGUUAACUCUUUAUGCUCUUAGUUGUAAUAAUUUAUUAUGGUAAAAUGUUAUGUAUUAGUGAAUAUUUAAUACAUUAAGAAGUAACAUAUACUAUUAGAAAGUAAAUUAUAGAUAUUAUUCUUUUAUUUAAACAAGAAAAAUAGAGUGCAAAGAGUUAUAAAUUUUAUUGGUACUAUGAAUGCAUAAAAAUAUUUUAAAGCAUACACAUCACAUUGAAACUACAAUAUUGCAUUGUUAUUGUGCAUAUAAAUCAAAUUAAUUAUUUAAUAAUACAUUUUUAUAUGAUACAUAUAAUACAUGCAUGAGCAAUAUACUACAGAUAAACUCUAGCAUCUAUUCUGCAUAUAAGAUAUAAUUAUUAUAAAUAUUAAUAGUCAAAAUCUUUUCACAGAAUACUAAAAAAAGAACUGUUGAAAAUAUUAGUGAGCGCUGUGAUUAUAAAAUUUAAAUUUUGUCAGGUUCUAUAGUUGUUUUUGUACAUAAAAAAUUGUAAGACUGUUCCUAUGUCUUAAAUUUACUUCCAUUUAACACAGUCUGAAAUGUCAAACUAUAACAUAAAUUACUUGAAUUAAAGUUUAAUUAAUUGUGUUUAAGAAGAAUAUCAUUUAGCUCUUAAUUCUUAAUAGCUGAAAUUUCUUUCAAAAAUUGUUAAACCAAAAUAAUAGUGAAAAAGAUAAAAGAUUAAGAAAAUUAAAAGCUAUACUUCUAUUAUAACAGCAAUUACUUGAACAAAAUAAUUUUAGUAAUUAGUUCAAAGUAAUUUGUGUUAUAAGGUAUUCUACACUGUUUAUUUAGAUAUUGUAAGUGUGUUCUACUACUUAGAAAGAUAGAAAAAUGUACAAACAUAGUUUUAUAAAUGUUUCCUUUAUUAAGUUACAAAUUUUUUGAAACAAUAAGUCAGAGAAAAUAUUUAAACUAAUCAAUGUUGAAAAAUAGAAUAAUUCCCUCGAAUUAUUUAAGAGAAAAAGUGUAGAACAUACUUUUAAAAUUUAUGUAUUUACAUUGAAUGUAAUGUCUACUUGUUACAGUUAUUUCUACUUUUUACUGUAUAUUGAAAAUUACAA